UUAUGGCCACCAUAGCGGUGGUCGACGACAGCGGGCGAUCGUCGCGCCGCCAGUGUCUCGCGGUUCAUCGAUCAGUGUGGUGUGUGUCUGUCGCGUUGUUGUUCCGCGGAGAGAUUUUUUUCUAGUGCUGGUUUGUUCCUGCCUGUAUCCGUCGUCGCUUCGACGCGGAUUUCUCGCUGGUCCGUCGCUCGCGAGACUCGUGCGCGCGCGCUGAUACGGAGCACGGGCGCCGUCGUCGUCGCGGGGCCCAUCCGAGACUCACAACCGGGAGAAAGAUGCGACUAAGGAUACACUGGGUUCUGGUUAGCACGGCUGUGGUGAUCCUCGCAGGAUGCAACGCCGCUACCGAGAAGGAACCCAGCGACAAGCAGAGGACGUCCGCGAGCUCGACUUACAACACUUUCCCGGACGACCUUUAUCUGGACGACCAGGACGCUUUAGAGGGCUCUGGCCGGGGUGGAAACGACAAUCGUGACGACCUCGAGGCGUCGGGUAGCGGCCUUGGUCCGGACGACGAGGACGGUGAUGACGAUCACGAAUUCAACGGUAACAAUGGAUUAGAAGUCCCGAGCAAGCCGACAGAAGCGAGACCCCCGUACCUCAUCGACGAGACAAACGCUAAAACUAAACAACAGACGACCAUCGACGCGGUAAACCGACCCGGCAACGAAGUCGACGUAAUCGAGCCCUCGGGUGCUGAGGACGAUCACGACGACAACACUGACGACACCCGCGAAGUUUACAUCAUGAAUCCGAAACACGAGGACCGCGCCAGCUCAUUCUUCGCGCAGCCAGGCGUACUAGCCGCUGUGAUCGGCGGCGCAGUGGUGGGCCUCCUGUGCGCAAUACUGGUGGUCAUGUUCAUCGUGUACCGGAUGCGCAAGAAAGACGAAGGAUCAUACGCCUUGGACGAGCCCAGAAGAUCGCCGGCGGCGCAGGCCUUCCCUAAGCCUGGCGCGCCUCAUCACAAUCGGGAGUUCUACGCUUGAGGUGGCGGCGGCGACGACCCUCUCGCGAUCUCACGAUGCCAAGAGCCGAGUUAAAACACCGUUCGACCACCACCGAAUUGACACGCGCGCCAUCGACCACCACCACGACGACGACGACGACGACGAGGACGAAAACGACAGCCACGGCGACUACGAUGACUGCGACGACGAUCAACGCCUUGUUGGAAUCCCCACAGCUGGUCGACGGUGAAACGACACCUCGGAGCCCGCAUGGCACGCUCAUAUAGAAUCUCCCGACGCGAAGUUUGCCGAGGAACGUCGCACAGAACGUCGCUCGGCCGAUUCUCGAUUACACAGAUUCCUCUCGGUCUCCCCCCCCCCUUCUUUCCUCCUCGUUGUCCUUCUGUUCCUCUCCCCGUCCGCUAUUACUCUUCCUUCUCCUCCCCUACGAAUCGAUUCGCACGUCCUUGGCAGCUAACUCGACCGUUGACAUAUCCCGAACCUGGAUCCCUUGCAUUCCCUCCCUCUAUUUUUUCUCCCCCUCGGAAAGUAGGCUUCUCACGGUUCUGCCGAGAGCUUUCUACCUUUCAAGCUCGCGUUCAGGAGCCGCCGAAGCUGCUUCGAGGUCGAGCCGCGACGACGAUCACGACAACGACUACGACGGGGACGAGGACGACGACAACGACGACGACGACGACAAUGACGACGUUCGCGCGUACGCUUCUCGGCCGCACGAACUCUUCUUGACUUUCAGAAACUGUAUUUUUCUUACGCGCUACUUGAUCGCGUCGUAAAGGUGCACGCGAGAGUAAGAGUCUGAGGCAAGAAUGAGUUCGCCUUCGGCCGAACGCCGAAUGAAUGAAUGAAUUUUUCAGCUCGACGCUCCGACAUUCGCCCCUCGCGCAAUACUGUACAGACCGUAUCCCCUUUUCGUUCACCCCCGAUCCUUGACACCGCACAUUCGCCGCUCCGUAGAGAAUCCACGGGGCGUAAUCGUCCCGACUGGUGACUGGGAAGCGACGGACAAUGAACGACGAGGCGCGCCGCUCUACACAGCGUCGCUCGCCCCGUAUAUAUCCCGUCGAGACACACCGUCGGCGAGGUUGCACCAAUUCCGAGAUGCAUUUACAACGCGUAUAUUUAGAGCGUAUAUAUAUUAUAUAAAUAUAUAUAUAUAUAUAUAUAUAUAUAUAUAUAUAUGCAUGUGCAUAUACAUGUAUGCGCGCACAAAUAUAUAUACAUAUAUUUGCGUGUAUAUACAUGUACACGUGCAUGUAUAGGACUGAGAGUGUGAAAAUUCGUGGGCGAUAAACGCUGCUGCUGCUAUGUCGUUAAUCAUUCUGUCUCGGUGGAAGGAGGGAAGGAAGAAGGAUCGUUGCGGCACCCGUGAUUUCUCUCCGACAGCAACGAGCCGAGGAGUAGAGCUGCAACCUCGCUCGCGUUGCUGUUACUUUUACUCUUUCUUACCGUCUAUUUGUUAUUGUUUUUUGUCCCCUCUCUCUCUCUCUCUCUCUCUCUCUUUUUCCCUCCCUCCCUCUCUCUCCCUCUAUCUGUCUCUUUGUGUCUCUUUCUCUCUCUCUUUCUUUUUGUCUCUUUUAAUUUACUCACUAUCUUCGCCUACUUCCUCGAUGUAUGAGCGUUCAGUACGACGACUCGUCAUUACGAGGACUUAGGGUUUCGGUGAGGGCGAAAAAUGGCGGAACGAGACGCUCUCUCUGUCUCUCGUCGACCGUAUCGAUCGAUCGCAGAAAGAAUUGAAGGGGCGCUUAUAUUCGGGGAGGAUUGUAUUAAGCAUUAAACGCGCAGCACGACCGCAUCGACCAACAUUCGAGUCGGGUGUGAGGUGGAUUGAGGAAAAGAAGUCGAGUAUCUCGAUGCAUUCUUCGCGAAUGAUCGCUCAAGCACGGAUGGCUUUUCAGUCGAUCGAUCGGUCGCCGUAAAUGUACAUAUCGUUAAAAGAUAGCUAUUAAUUUCUAAAACGUGUAAUGCGAGAUUUUGUACGUACACAACUCCUCUACGCGCGCGCAGCUUUCGCUUUGUUGUUUUCCGUUGUGCUCCCAGAGAAGCGUCGGAAAACGAUGGCGAGUUCUCGUAUUUUGUUCAAGAUACUCGCCUGCACCGCUGAAGCCUUGCUUUUCGUUAGAUCGAUCGAUAGUUGUUAAAGAUUUCCGGCCAACCGCAUCCGUUUUCAGUUACGUGUUUCUCGUAAUUGUCCAUUUACCGAGAAACCAGCAACGUGUUUAAAUCAAAAAGGACAUUUUAACAUUAAAAUAUGAAUUUUAUUACAAAAUUAUAUAUUUUUGUUAUAUAUAUAUAUUUCUAAUUUAUUCUAUUUUUAAUUGUUAUAUAUUCAUUAUAAAUAUGUAAUUAUUAUGUAUAAUAAUUAAUA